UGCGGGUCCCAAACUGGAAACACAGUUCAGACCGACUUUAAGCCCUCCUAGAUGGGUCGCGGAGCGCCGUGAAAACCCGCCACGGAAACCCUGAAAACGUGCUGGAUCUCUCUUUUUCCUUCUUCUUCUUCUUCUUCUUCUUCUUCUUCUUCUUCUUCUUCUUCUUCACCUUCUUCACCUUCUUCACCUUCUUCACCUUCUUCUUUUUCUUCUUCUGUGGUGGCGGAAACGCUGUUGCGUCGCAACGACUGCUGGAGCGGAUUCCUCCGUCGGAGGAGCAUUGCGCGCAUUCAUAUCCAGAGAAAAGAGGAACCAGCGCGCCCCCCCCUCUCUCUCACACUCUCUCUUUCUCGCUCCGAGUCGAGGUUGUUACGCAGUUAAAUCCUUUCCAAGGGCCAUUUGUUUCUUUCGCCGUGCCGCCCCCCCCCCCUCCCGUCCUGUGCGGGAUGCGGCCGCUGCUGUAGGACCCCGCUGGCUCACAGUUAAAGCAGAAAAAGAACAAGUUACAACAAGCGUCGGUGUGAAGGAGACAGAACAUGUCCUCGUCGAGGUUCAAAAAGGAUAAAGAAAUCAUCGCGGAUUACGAGAGUCAAGUCAAAGAGAUCCGCGCUCAGUUGGUGGAACAGCAGAAAUGUAUGGACCAGCAGACGGAGAUGAGGGUACAGCUGCUGCAGGACCUCCAGGAUUUCUUCAGGAAGAAGGCAGAGAUUGAGAUGGAGUACUCCAGAAACCUGGAGAAGCUGGCCGAACGCUUCAUGGCCAAGACGCGCAGCACCAAGGAUCACCAGCAGUACAAAAAGGACCAGAACUUGCUGUCUCCGGUCAACUGUUGGUACCUGCUGCUGAACCAGGUGAGGAGGGAGAGUAAGGACCACGCAACGCUGAGUGACAUCUACCUCAACAACGUCAUCAUGAGGUUCAUGCAGAUCAGUGAGGACUCCACACGGCUACUAAAGAAGAGCAAGGAAAUAGCCUUUCAGCUGCAGGAAGACUUAAUGAAGGUCCUAAAUGAGCUGUACACAGUGAUGAAGACGUACCACAUGUACCACUCGGAGAGCAUCAGCGCCGAGAGCAAGCUGAAAGAGGCUGAGAAGCAGGAGGAGAAGCAGAUCAGCAGAGGAGAGCAGGUCUUCAGCAUCCGGAUGGAAGACAAAUACCAGAGGCGCAGCUCUGUGAAAAAGAUCGAGAAGAUGAAAGAGAAGCGCCAAGCCAAGUACACCGAGAACAAGCUGAAGUCCAUCAAAGCGCGGAACGAGUACCUCCUGACACUGGAAGCGUCAAACUCCUCCGUUUUCAAAUACUACAUCCACGACUUGUCGGACCUAAUCGAUUGCUGUGAUUUGGGGUACCAUGCCAGCCUGAACCGGGCCCUGCGCACCUACCUGUCGGCCGAAUACAACCUGGAGACGUCACGCCACGAGGGUCUCGACAUCAUAGAGAACGCCGUGGACAGUCUGGACCCGCGGAGUGACCGCCAGAGGUUCAUGGAGAUGUUCCCCACAGCCUUCUGCCCACCGGCAAAAUUUGAGUUCCAGUCUCAUAUGGGAGACGAGGUGUGUCAGAUCUCGGUGCAGCCAGCGAUGAAUGGAGAGCUCAUCCUGAGGUUCCAGCAGCUUCAGUCCCGCCUGGCUACCCUCAAGAUAGAGAACGAGGAGAUCAAGAAGACGUCGGAGGCCACGCUGACCACGAUCCAGGACAUCGUCACUAUCGAGGACUACGACGUGUCCGAGUGUUUCCACCACAGCCGAUCAACAGAGUCUGUCAAGUCCACAGUGUCAGAGACGUACCUCAGCAAGCCCAGCAUCGCCAAGAGGAGGGCCAACCAGCAGGAGACCGAGCAGUUCUACUUCAUGAAAUUCCGGGAGUUUCUGGAGGGCAGUAAUCUCAUCUCCAAACUGCAGGCCAAACACGACUUGCUGAAGAGGACACUUGGUGAAGGCCACAGAGCGGACUACAUGACCACAAGACAUCCCAAUGGGCCAUUCAAAACCCUCACCGGCACCCGGCGGGCUAGACCCCGCUCAGUUUUUAAUGUUAGGUUGUUUAAUGGCAAUUUGGAGUCAUUUAUCAAGGACUCUGGACAAGCUAUUCCCCGCGUGGUAGAAAGCUGUAUUCGCUUCAUAAAUUUGUAUGGCCUCCAACAUCAAGGAAUAUUUCGGGUAUCUGGCUCCCAGCUGGAAGUCAAUGACAUCAAGAACUCUUUCGAAAGAGGCAAUGACCCCCUGACGGAUGACGAGAACAAUCAUGACAUCAACUCGGUGGCUGGCGUUCUCAAACUAUACUUCCGUGGUCUGGAAAACCCACUGUUCCCCAAGGAAAGGUUCAACGAUCUGCUGUCCAGCAUCAGAAUAGAAAACCUGUAUGAGAGAGCGCUGUACAUCCGCAAGAUCCUUCUGACCACUCCCAGAUCCGUCCUCGUCGUCAUGCGCUACCUCUUCGCCUUCCUCAACCACCUGUCCCAGUACAGCGACGAGAACAUGAUGGACCCGUACAACCUGGCCAUAUGCUACGGCCCCACGCUCAUGCCCACACCGGACAGCCUGGACCAGGUCUCCUGCCAGGCCCACGUCAACGAGAUCGUCAAGACCAUCAUCAUCCACCAUGAGACCAUCUUUCCCGAUGCCAAAGAACUGGAAGGGCCCAUCUACGAGAAGUGUAUGGCCGGGGGAGACUAUUGUGAGAGCCCCUACAGUGAGCAUGGAGCCCUGGAGGAAGUGGAAAACGAGGGAGGGACGGAGGCGCACACCAGCGAGGACGAGGGCGAGCCCAUUGAAGCCAUCGCCAAGUUCGACUACGUUGGCCGCUCGUCCCGAGAGUUGUCCUUCAAGAAGGGCGCCUCGCUGCUGCUGUACCAGCGGGCGUCAGACGACUGGUGGGAGGGACGGCACAACGGCAUCGAUGGCCUGGUGCCGCACCAGUACAUCGUGGUCCAAGACAUAGAUGACAGUUUCUCAGACAGCCUGAGUCAGAAGGCGGACAGCGAGGCCAGCAGCGGCCACGCCGGAGAGGAUAAAGGCCUGGGAAAAGACGUUGGCUCGCCCUCUGACACCAGGAUCUCUGAGGCUUAUAUCACCAGCAGGCACAGGAAAAGAUCCGAACCACCGUCUCGGCGGCCGCCAGCCCGCCCCAGCGACGCCCACUGCGUGGUGCAUCCCUCCCAGCAUGGCCACGAAGGACACACCCCCGAGAUGGGCUCCCCGGUCAUCGGCCACCUCAGCCUGCGGGACGUGCUGCGGAGUCGCCACGCCCCCGUGGACAGCCCCGAGCGCCGCCGCACCGGCCAAGGCAGUCUGACUAACAUCAGCCGCAACGAGGCGCUGAAGAAGAUGGAGAGCCCCCCGAUCCACCGCUCCACCUCCUCGGGCCAGUACGCGGGCUUCGCCGACGCCCACCACCACCACCACCAUCACCACCACCACGGCGGCAAGCCCCUCGACCCGGAGACCAUCGCACAGGACAUAGAAGAAACCAUGAACACCGCUCUGAAUGAGCUGCGCGAGCUGGAGCGCCAGAGCUCGGCCAAGCACGCGCCCGACGUGGUGCUGGACACCCUGGAGCAGCGGCAGACCUCUGGCGGCAGCGGCGGGGGUCCCACGCCGGCCAGCUCCAGCGAGUCCCUCAGCCCCAUCCACGGCGCCACCGCCGCCACCAUCCGCCACAGCAUCAGCUCCUCCAACGACACCAUGAGCACCUUCAAGCCCCUGGUAGCACCCCGCAUGGGGGUGCAGCUGAAGCCCCCCGCCCUGAGGCCCAAGCCCAUGCUCCUGCCCAGGUCCAGCCAGGCCUCCCAGCCGGCAGCCUCAGCUGCCCAGGACCCUCUGGACAAGUCCUGCACCAUGUAGCUCCGGGAAGGGAACCGGCGAUGUGAAGCAAAGACAAUGAGCCUCCAUGAAGGCUGCGAAAAUGCUCCUCCGUGGUAACAAAUGUCUAAGGAAAUUCGAAAACAACAAAUCACAAAGGCUUCCUUCGGGGUUUUAGAAAACGUACACUAGUUUAGUUUAGUUUGAGGACAUUCAUGAACUGUAACUUUGAGCAGAACACGCCGCAUGUAGCGCCGCCGCUUCGCCACCGGACCGGAGAGGGAGCUUGAUGAGGGCUGUAGUGACCGCAGCGCCGUUCUCUCUUAUCCCGGACUAAAGGACUUUUGUUUUUGUUUUCUUUUACGUAGGAGGGCUUUCAAAGCGGUUGUGCGCCGGCCGCGAGCCCUUUUUGACUUUGAGACGUAACAGAUUUCACAUGUUAAACUAUUAUAAAGGUGCUGUAACUACCUGGACAGGAAUGGUUUGGAAAAGAUCCGACUGAUUAGGGGCCUGAAGAGCCGUUAACUACCAAUAGUCUGUUCAUAGAUAGUAGUUUGAUUAGCAGUGUGCUUUCUUCACUGGCGUGUCAGCAACUUUCCUUGGCAAUGCACAACCUUCUGCUGUGUCUCUUAAAUGUACUGUGUGUGCGUGUGUGCGUGUGUGUGUGUGUGUGUGUGUGUGUGUGUGUGUGUGUGUGUGUGUGUGUGUGUGUGUGUGUGUGUGUGUGUGUGUGUGUGUAUAAUAGUCAAAAGAAGAUUACAAUCUGACUUACUAACUUUUUUCUUUUUUGUUUGUUUGUUGCGUUUCUGGAUAGAAAUGACUUGGUAAUAAACAUCCAGAGAUGCAGUAUGAAUCCAGUUAUAAUAAAAAGAAGUGCUUUUGUCACUAUGUUACGUCACCAUCAUCAGUAGGACUGCGUGACGCCGUCUGUAGGCUUUUAGCUUCUCUGCUGUCCCGUACGUCUGUAGGAUGUACUUGUACGUGUUAUGUACCGGUAAGUGCCUUUUGAAAAAUGUUUUAGACAAACUCCAGACAUUGUGUACUGUUGCAUUUUCAUGUCAUUCUGUUUUCUUUUGAGAAUAUGCAGCCCAGGAAGACCAUGAAUAAGUAACGAUGCCCUUUUCCAGACAGUUAUAAGGCAGAAUGAAUAAUGAAAAGCUUACCCAUUGUGACAUUGCACUUUUAUGUAUAUAACUGUAUAUAUGGCAUGUUGCAUCAUAACAUUUAGAGUUCUUCGAGGGCUUAUACCUCAAUGGAUUUCUUUCUAAUAAAGGAAAUAGUUUGUCAAGUC